AUGGCAUUUGACCCUCAUGCCCAGGGAUUAGCUCCUGAUGGUACUGUACCUGCAACACAACAGCUGAAUCUUCAACAAAGUGCUCCGCUUGUUCAACAACAACAACAACAGCAGCAGCAGCAGCAACAACAACAGGUACCGGUUCCUUUUCCUGAGAUAUCAGGUACCGAAACAGCGUCUAACAUGUCCAAUUUUAACUUGAGCCAUAAUCAAAAUGCACAACAUUUGCAACACCAACAAUUUCAACAAGCACAAGCACAGGCUCUCAAUGCUAGGUAUCAGCAACAACAACAACAAGCCCAACAACAGGUACAGCAGCUACAACAGAAACAGCACCAGAAGCAGGUGCAACAACAACAGCAGGCACAAGCUCUACACCAUCGUAGUCAUUCACACAAUAUAUCUACUCAAGACCUACAUGAUGCCGUGGAUAUCAAACAAGAACAAUUACCACCAACCAAGAAACCAGCUCCAGAACAAAGACCAUCACUACAAUCACAACAACAAAAGAGCUUCAACCAUUCUUAUUUGAAUCUACCUCCUCAUAAUCCAUUUGAUUUCAAUUCAUAUCCAAUUACAAAUCCACCUAUAUUUGAUUCUACCUUUAUGUUGCCUUAUUCAAUAGACGGGGUACCCAGAAGAAGAAGAAUUUCCAUAUCUAAUGGUCAAAUUGGUCAGAUUAUGAAUCAUGAAGCAUUUUUUGAUAAUGAUGAAUUUAGUUCUUUAGAUGAUGACUUUACACAACGAUUUAAUGAUUAUGAAUUGAAUAGAUCAGCUACUACCACACAACAGCAACUGGAAAUGCCUCCUUCUCAAGCACAGGCGCAAACACAGCAACAGUCCCAUACUGGAUUUCUUGGUAAUGCUCAACACGGAUUUGCUAGUAUAACUCCUGCCAGUGAUAAUGAUUCUUCUGCUAGUACCAUUCUAGCUACAUCUGUCAAUAAUAUGACAUCAGCUAAUGCAGAUCAAUUGACAGGACAACAAGAUAUUAGCAUGCAACCUCAACAACAACAUCAUCUACCUGUAACACAACCACACCAACCACAACCUCAACAUCCAAUACCCCAACAACAGUUGCACCCACCAACACAACCUCAACAACACAAUCAAGUACCACCACCAGCACAAUCAGCACAAUCAGCACCACCAAUACCAGCACAACUUCCUCCACAACAACCCACCCCAUCUCGCCCUCUUUCCCCACCCGUUGCUGGCUUACCUCCUCCAAACCACCUGUUAAUCUACAACAACGAAAUUAUCUAUAACCCAAACAACGGCCCCAUAAUGGGCACUGCUGCUUGGAAAAAGGAGAGAUUGUUAGAACGUAAUCGAAUUGCCGCAUCCAAAUGUCGUCAACGUAAAAAACAAGCACAAAUGACGUUGCAAGAAAAUGUCGCCAAGAUGGAAAAAGAUCUAAAACAAAAACUGGAUCAAUUAAAUCAUUUACAACUGGUUUUGAGUCAUUACAAGCUAAAUAUUCAAAAGUAUUUGGAAAGUGAUGAACGAGAUGAAAAAUUGUUGAAGGAUUUAAUAGAGUUUAUAUAA